CUACAGCCCUGGGAGCCACCAAGGUGCACUCGACUCAGUGGCCUUCCAGGCUUCGGUUCCUGCUCCGCGCCCCGCAGAAACCGCGGCUCGCUGGCCAGGGGCUCUUCCAACUUCCAGCAGGAGCAGGUGCACAGCAAAACAAAGAAUAAAGAUUAUGAAGAAAGAGAAGAACUUCCCAGGCCCACGCAGCCGUCGCUCCCAACGGGGUGGGCCUCCCAACGGGGUGGGCUCCCAACGGGGUGGGCCGGUUCCUUCCUUGCACCCUCUUCUCUCCCGGUGCCUGCGGUCCCACCUUCCAGAUACCCCUCGGAGAGUCCAGCUGAGCUCUCGCCAGAGCUUUCCCCUUCCAACCCGCUCGAAUUGCCCAGACCCCAAGCUGGGCUUCUCUCUCCAUCGCCCCAGAAAGUGGGUCUUGGAGACCGAGGCAAGAAUUUGGGCCUCCGCUUUUGUUCCAGACCUCCGACCCCUUGCCAAAAUGCAGCAGGUGUGCAGAUUGGGCCGCGCGUGGUUCCUGGCUGGGUUUAUGGAGCCUGCGGCCCAGGCAGGCUCCGCAGACCCCGAGCCAGAGUGGGAUUUAACGGCGGCCGGUGCGCUGUGCUUGGUCAACCCCGGUAACCGUCACACUGCUAGUGAUAUGAAAACAACCGGCCAGCGUUCUGCUUUUCUGCCUCGCUGCAGUCUUUAGCACCCGCCAGGGUUCCGUCCGAGUGUUUGGAUUUUGUAAUCCUCCUCUCUUUGGCCAACUCCCCGUUCUUGGCCGAGAGCUCGCCCUUGGCUGGGCUCAGUCCUGCCAGCCUUGCGGGACCCUAGCCCCGGGCGGCUCUGCCUGAGGCCCAGUUCUCACUGAUGCGGAGUGGCCCAAGGGUGGGAGCAGUGGUUAAUGCCGGAGUGAUUAAUACAAGCUCCAGUAAAAGCGAAAGUAAGAAAAUAAAACGGACUUCAGUAUACAUAUACAAUGUGUAUAUGGAUACAUGUACAUACAUAUUACACAUAUGUGUAUGUAACGCACGUUUGUUAAAAUGAGGUCAUAAUGUUCAUGCUGUUUCAUAACCACUUUCUUUCAAUGACCACCUUUUCAUUUCAGUAAAUCUUCGUAUUCUCA